GAGUCAAGCUUGUCUUCCUUGGUCCCGCUUGCUCCAAUACCCUCAGAGCCCUAUUCUGCCUUUCUGUGUUAACAUCAUUUGGAUAUUCACCAUCAUUGUGACCUUCGAAAGGACUGAAGAAAACAUACGAGAGCUAACUAUAGGUUACCGAGACCAGUCAACUUACCAGCUUUGAACAUACUUCAAGCUUGGGACAUUCACGAGCAGUAAAUUGAGCACUUCCGUCCUACAAUUCUGUUUCCAUGGAUUCAACACAAGAGCGGACGUUCUGCAAGUGGUUAAACACCAAACUAGAAGCUCAGGGAUAUCCUCCGAUGACUUCCUUGGUGCAAGAUCUCUCUGAUGGUGUGCGGCUGAUACAACUCAUGGAUAUUAUAGGUGAUACAUCGUUGGGACGAUAUAACAAGAAUCCCCGUAUGCGCGUGCAGAAGGCCGAGAAUGUGAACAAGGCUUUAGAAUUUAUCACAUCCAGAGGAGUCAAACUUACCAACAUUGGACCAGAAGAUAUCAUAGAUGGAAACUUGAAGCUCAUUCUUGGCAUGAUUUGGACACUCAUUCUCCGGUUUACUAUUGCAGAUAUCAGUGAAGAAGGUCUGUCUGCCAAGGAGGGUCUUUUGCUCUGGUGUCAACGCAAGACGGAACCUUACAAAGAAGUCAAUGUACAAGACUUCUCCCUCAGCUGGUCGGACGGGCUCGCCCUCUGUGCCCUCAUUCAUUGUCAUCGACCUGAUUUGCUGGACUAUGACAAACUAGACAAGUCUGACCGACAUGGUAUUACUCGCCUUGCUUUUCAAGUAGCAGCAGAUCAUCUUGGAAUCCCCCAAUUAUUAGAAGUGGAGGAUGUCUGCGAUUCCAGCCGGCCUGAUGAACGUAGUGUUAUGACUUACAUUGCAAGUUUUUUUCAUGCAUUUUCUACUAUGGACCAAGCAGAGACAGUUUCACGUCGUGUCGAAAAGUUUGCCGAGUUGAUGCAGUCAGUAUGGCUAAGUAAAAAUGAUUAUGAACGACGCGUUCGGGCGCUUUUAAGCUCCCUGAUCGAGACACAGGACGAGUGGGCGGCCAGCCAAUUUUCUGGGACUUAUACAGAUGCAAAAGAACAUUCAGCUACUUUCACCACCUAUAAACAGACGAACAAACGUGCAUGGGUUACAGAACGACAAGACGUUACUUCACUUUUUGGCAAUAUUCAGACGAAACUCCGUACAUAUGGACUGAGAGAAUACGUCCCUCCUCUUGGGCUUACACUUUUGGAUCUGGGUGACGCUUGGGACGCAUUGUUAGCCUCUGAAGCAAAGCGCUCCAGGGCAAUCAAUGCUCAAAUACGACAAAUCAAGGAGACUCUACGGAAACAGUUCGCCGAUAUCGCAAAUGAUUUCGAACAACGACUUCAUGUUGUCUCGUUAGAACUAUCAGCUGUUGCUGGUCCUUUAGAGACUCAGCAAGAACAAGUACGGGAAAUUCAAACCCGAAUACCUGCCCUGUCGGAUGCUCUGGUCGAUGUAGCAAAUGCUGAGUCUGCAUGUAUUGCUGCAAAUGUUGAGGAAAACGACUAUACCGUGUUCACUUGCUCAGACCUCGAAUUCGAGUUAGAGCUUCUUACUCAGAGCAUUGCCAAGAAAAUAUCAUUCAUCGAUAAUCAGAUCGUGUCUCGCAACAUGACCAACUUGACUCCUGCACAACUAGAACAAUUUGAGAGCACGUUUCGCUACUUUGAUCGAGACGAGACCAAUACGCUCAGUUUGUCCGAAACAAGCGCAGCAUUGGCGAGUCUGGGUCUUGUAUACUCUGAUGAAGACAUGGAUUACAUCUAUGACCAGCUUGUGCUGGACUACGGAGCAAUCACAUUCGAAGCAUUCAUCAAUCUAUUGGUUGAUAUAACUGAGGAUCAAACAUCUCCGGAGCAGCUGCGGGAGGCAUUCCGCGGUAUUGCUGGCGACAAGCCAUUUGUAACUGAGCUUGAUCUGCGGCUUGCGCAGUUGCCUGUUAGCGCCAUCGAUUACCUCCGUGAAGUGAUUCCAGCUGAUCAGAGUGGGACCGGAGAGCCAGAGUAUGAUUAUGAGGCGUGGCUAGACAACGUGUUUGUAUAAUUUCAGUUCAGUUUAACCAAACAAAUAUGUCGAGAACGCCUUUCGUACUUGUUCCUGCAAUGAAUGCUACGCAGUUGGCCGCA